AUGCCUUUAGAGUACGCUAGCCGUGUGACGAACCAGAAGCAACUAGUGUUUACGCAUCCCAAAGACCCCAAGUAUGGCUGGAAUACUCACGUGCACGAGUUGGCGUCUCUUCAUCCCGGCAUUUUGGGGCCUGGGCGCCGCACCCCUCAGUUGAAUUGGUACAAUCGAGGCGGUAUUGUUUGUGAGAUUCCUCCUGUUCCUGUGUAUCGCGAACGCAUCUGGUGCCAGGGUCACUCCCACUUUAUCCUGCAGCAUCCGAAAAUCUUUAUCAAGUGCCCUCCGGGUGUUGUUGUCUCCUGCAAGUGGUGCCGACUGAAGUUUAUCAAUAUGUCCACCAAGGAGGACAAAGACGACGACUGGCAGAGUGAGGAGCAUAAAAUUUCGACCACACCAGAGUCUGUGAGUGAUUUGAUGCAGCCUAUACGUGACAUUGGGGGCGUUUUGCGUGACAGGCCCUUUCAAGACGGUAAAGAGCCUGAUCCGCACGUGUACCGUUCCGUUUUUGAUCCUGAACGAUAUCGAUGGAAGCACCCGCAUCAUAAAUAUGAGGUUCACCCAGCGUACGCAGAGUCCAAGGAGGAGGGUAGUGGUGGGGCUUUACAUUAG